CAAUACCAACGGGCGGAUCGACUGAUCUGAUGAAUAGGAGCGACUCUGUUGUUAAGUGCGUUCCGGCCCAAAUUGUCCCCUGAUUGUAUUAUUUAUUAAUCUAUUAGAAGCAGAUUGGUGUUUUUUUAUUUUUAAUAUUUGCAUUGGAUCUUCUCUGUAUUAUGCUUGUUAUUAUUUGUUCAAAUACCUUUCACGUGUACAAAAAUACCCAAGGUUUUUUUCAUUUGUUUCCUGACACAAGAUAUCACAUUAUUUUUACAUACAGUUACCCAUUUAUACAGUUGGGUUUUUACUGGAGCAAUCUAGGUAAAGUACCUUGCUCAAGGGUACAGCAGCAGUGUCCCCCACCUGGGAUUGAACCCACGACCCUCCGGUCAAGAGUCCAGAGCCCUAACCACUACUACUGAUAUCUUGUAACAAUUGUAAGUCACCCUGGAUAAGGGCGUCUGCUAAGAAAGAAAUAAUAAGGACAUUCAUUAAUUUGACGUCUGCAAAUGUGUUUGUUCUUUUUGUGUAUAACCUGGCCCCGGUCAUGUCUAGUUUAUUUUUCCUCCAUCCUUUAUUGUGACUGAGCUGGAGUAACUACUGUGACUUGGAGUUUUUAUGAAUAUUUGAUUACAGUAAAUAUUCUUUCCUUUGUAGAAUCCACACGUCCCACAAACAGGUCUGUGAAGUUCUUAUCCGGUUGGUGAAGAAGGAACAGCGGAGAUGAAUCCCGCAGCGCUCUCGAUUCUUCUCCUGUCUGCCGCGGCAUUUUUUUUCACGGUUACACAGAUUUCUCCAUUUGAAAUAAAAAAUGUGAGGACCCAACACCAAUGGACAUGGCUGAAGAUGCCCUUGAUGAUAAAUAUCGCGCCUGUAGAGAUGAAAUGUUAAAAAAAUUUAACCGUGAAUAUAUUCUUCUAAAAGAAUUAAAUGCAUACAAAGAAGUACGACAGGCAUGGAUAGAAGCAGAAGAAAGAAUGAAGAAGCUAAACUCUCAGGAACUGAGUCUUCUCCAAGCCACGGCAAUCCAUGUUUACACUAUGGACAGUAAGCAUAGUCACAGCUCCACGUUAAACAAAGCAGUUAGAACAGUAGGAAAAAAUUACAGCAACUUUCCAUUCAAGGCGUGGCAUUUUCAUUUGACAGACGCCCUGCAAACACUGAAAGCCAAGGAGCCGAAAUGCUAUGACGUGUUCAGAGGAGUACAAAAUCGUACGAAGGUUGUAGGGGACAUUGUACGUUUUGGGUACUUUGCUUCAACCUCUGAAAACAAAAGCGUGGCAGAGGGGUUUAGAAAAGGAACAGGGGGCUCCACAAAAGGAACAUUGUUCACAAUAACAAGCUGCUUUGGUGUGUCCAUUGAAAAGUAUUCAUACAAUAAAUCGCAACAAGAGGUGCUCAUUCCACCUUUUGAAAUAUUUCGAGUGACUAAAGUGAAUGGAAAUGAAAUCCAACUGGAACAUAUUAUGGGAGGCGCCACUGUGUUUAAAAUCCAGCACACUCUGACUGUCUUCUGUGUUAUUUGGCCACUCAUACUCAUGCAAACACACUAGAUACCUCUGUAUUACUCUAUUACUA